AUGGUAAGUUUAUUUGGUGUUGAUAAAUCAAAGGGUUUCUUCGCUUUUUGUAUUACAAGAAACAGUGGAAUAUUUCAAAUUUCAUGUGAAUUACAUUUGUUUUAUAAUCCAUUUUGUAAAGAGCCUAAGUACUUUAAACGACAAUUUCUUCCAGGAAAGAAGCGGAGGCAGUGUUGCUCCCACAGACUUGCCGGUUGGCAAAGGCCACUAAAAGAAAAUGGGAGAAGAAAACCACCGAAUUACAACUCUCAAACAAGAUCUAACGGAAAGAGACGAAGAAAUAAAAUUUUUACUGUAAGAGAAGAAGAAGAAAAAGAACAAGGAAAAGAAAUUGAGAUAUUACGUGAGGGAGAAAGCAUUGAAGGCAAGGUAGCAAAGUUCUGUUUAUUUCGUUGAAAUAUUAAAUCUAUUUUAUAAUACCCGUAUAAGUCCUGUCUGUGUUCUGUCACGCAAAAUAGUACCGUAAGUAGCAAGA